AUGCACCAGCAACUCCUUCGAAGCUCUUUAACUGUAUACUCCGGCAUAUUCAAGCCUCGAAUCAGCAUAUCAAGUUUCUCCAGCUACUGUCGGCUGCUGCCACGCAACCUGGGUCGAAGUCGAACCCCACCACCAUACAUCGACAGGCGCGGGACGACUCUAUCAUUGACUACGGCUACUCGUCCGGUAUUAACCAUGGCUUCAGACGCUAUUCCUUCUAUUGCGAGUCUGUCGAUUCAGUCCGUUAGCUCGGAGGUGUCGAGUUAUCCCAAUUGCUACCCUGCUUUCAACCCAGUGGACAAGUACCGCGCGCAUAUUGCAGAGUUGGUCGCAGAAGCUUCAGGGCUGGAACCGGCGUUUGUCUAUACCAAGAUACUAUGGACAAAUAUGCUGGACAAGGGUGACUUGAUUCUCCCUAUAAAGGGCAAAAAGCCACAAGAAAUUGCGGCGGAUAUCGCUGCCAAAUUUCCGAAAUCUGACCUGAUUGAACCACCAGUCGUCGUUGGUGCGCAUCUUCAGUUCUUUUACAGCCAUAGACCUAUGACCGAAAACGUGAUCCGCUCGAUUUUGGCAAACAAAGACGCAUAUGGAAGCAAUCCAAACGUCGGUCUACGAGAUCAAAGAGAUGCAAGCAAAGGAAAGAAGAAACUCGUGGUAGAGUUCUCGUCCCCAAAUAUUGCGAAGCCUUUCCACGCCGGACAUCUUCGAAGUACCAUCAUUGGUGGAUUUAUUGCCAACCUAUACACAAUUCUAGGAUGGGAAGUUCUCAAAAUCAACUACCUUGGAGACUGGGGAAAGCAGUAUGGCCUGCUUGCCAGCGGAUACGAAAAGUAUGGCAGCGAAGAGGAGCUUCUGAAGGACCCCAUCAACCACCUAUUUGAGGUCUAUGUGAAGAUCAACCAAGACGUAGCUGCACAGGAAGGCCCGAUAAAGGAGCUCAAGGAGCAGAUCAAAGCCAAAAAGGAGAAGAAUGAAGAUGUCACGGAGUUGGAGAAGAAGCUCGAGCCACUAGUCGAUGCAAGCUAUGAUGAGCAGGCCCGUCGAUACUUCAAGAGCAUGGAAGACGGAGAUGAGAAAGCACUUGAACUGUGGCGGCGAUUCCGAGAUCUCAGUAUUGACAAGUACAAGCAGACAUAUGCUCGGCUGAACAUCGAUUUUGAUGUUUACUCUGGAGAGUCCCAAGUCAAGGACGAAAGCAUAAAGAAAUCCUACAAGGCCAUGGAGAACGCGGGUGUCUCGGAAAGCUCAGAAGGCGCUGUCAUCAUCGAUUUUGCAAAACACGGGGCAAAGAAGCUUGGAAAGGCCAUCGUGAUCCGAAAGGAUGGAACGCCGCUCUAUCUCACACGAGACAUUGCUGCUAUCGUUGAGCGAGACGACGAAUACCAGUUCGAUAAGAUGAUCUACGUUGUAGCUGCUCAGCAGGAGCUUCACCUUGCCCAGCUGUUCAAGACAACAGAGUUAGUUGGAAAGAAGGAUCUGGCAAACCGUUGUGAGCAUAUCAGCUUCGGUAUGGUUAGGGGAAUGAGCACUCGAAAAGGAACAGUCAAGUUCCUAAACGAUAUUCUAAAGGAUGUUGGAGAAAAAAUGCACGAGGUCAUGCAAAAGAACCAAGCCAAGUACGAGCAGAUCGAAGAUCCAGUGGCAACCGCCGAUGUUCUUGGAAUAACGUCAGUGAUGGUGCAGGAUAUGAGCGGUAAACGGAUCAACGGGUAUGAGUUCAACCUAGAGAACAUGACCUCGUUCGAGGGUGACACAGGGCCAUACCUGCAAUACGCACACGCGCGUGUCUGCUCUGUGACCAGAAAGGCCGAGAUCAACCCGGAAGAACUAGGCAGUGCAGACCUCAGUUUACUUACAGAGUCGCAUGCCGUCGACCUAGUCCGCCUACUCGCCCAGUGGCCGGACGUGGUAUUCAAUGCCUCCAAGACGCUGGAGCCUUGUACAAUACUGACAUAUUUGUUCCGAAUGACACACAUGCUGAGUUCCGGCUAUGAUGUCUUGAAGGUCGUGGGCAGCGAGCCGGAGGUGAAGAUGGCGAGAAUGGCGCUUUAUGAGUCCGCCCGUCAAGUCCUCCAUAAUGGCAUGCGGCUUCUGGGUUUGAACCCUGUCAAGCGGUGA